AUGGCAAUUUUGAAUGUAACAUUUUUCUCGAGAGAAACUCUAAUUUUAAUAGUUAUUAGUUUUAUUUUGAUUUAUAUAUGGUUUCAAUACAAGUUCACGUACUGGACAAAAAAAGGUGUUUUCGCACCAAAGCCUACAUUCCCAUUUGGCAACAUUCAAAAUGUGAUAAAACGGAAAGAACAAUUUUUCGAGCCUUAUUGUAGGAAUUACUACAAAUAUAAACACUUACCAUACGUGGGUGUAUACUGUUUCAAUGAACCAGUGCUAAGUAUAAACGAUUUGGAUUUGGCAAAGCAUGUUUUGAUAAAGGAUUUCGAUCAUUUCCAAUCCCAUGGAAUAUUUUCUGGAGGAGCGGGCGAUCCUUUGGCUGGCCAUCUGUUCAACAAACACGGUUAUGCUUGGAAAUCGCUGAGAAAUAAAAUGACAUCUGCUUUCUCGGCUUCUAAGCUCAAAAGUAUGUACCCUUUGGCCGAUAAAAUUGCGAAAGAAUCCUUACUUUAUGCUGACCAUCAUCAAUUAAACAAAGAAGUGUUAAAUAUGACGGAGUUUUACGAAAAAUACACUAUGGAAAUUAUAGGAAGUGUUGGCUUUGGCUUAGAAUGCAAUGGAUUCAAAAAUUCUCAGUCCGAAUUUUAUUUGCGUGGACAUGACUAUUUCGAGCCAUCAUCACUUUAUUGGACAGUUGUAAGAGCUUUAGCCUUUCUUAUUCCCAGUUUCUUCGAAAAAUUAAAGGUAAAGCGAAUAAACCCGGAUACAAUUAGCUUUUUCUAUAAUUUGGUGAAAGAAACUGUGGAGUACAGAACCAAGCAUUGCUACAAGCGCAACGACUUUUUACAAACACUCAUUGAUUUAAAGGAAAACCCGACAUUAUUGGAUAAAGAUGAUAAAAGCUCUUUUACAAUGACGGAUAUAGCUUCAAACACCAUGCUGUACAUGUUUGCUGGGUACGAGACCUCCGCGACCACGGGGCAGUUCGCCGCAUACGAGCUUGCCCUCAACCCUCAUAUACAGGCCAAAGCUCGGGCGGAGAUUACCACAGUCCUCGCUAAAUACGGCGGAGACUGCACAUACGAAGCGCAGAACGAAAUGGUCUAUAUUAAUAUGGUACUCGACGAAACAAUGAGAAAGUAUCCACCAAUGCGAGCGUUGUUCCGAAGAUGUACAAAGGAUUAUAAAAUUCCACACACCGAAAUAGUAAUCGAGAAGGGUACUUUAAUUUUCAUCCCAAUACACUCAAUACAAAUGGACCCAGACAUUUUCUCGGAUCCUGAAAAAUUCGACCCAGAAAGAUUUACGCCGGACAAAAAGAAAAAUAUGCAUCCAUGUCAUUGGAUGCCAUUUGGGGAAGGUCCAAGAAAAUGUUUAGGUCUCCGUCAAGGAUACAUCCAAUCUAAACUAGCCUUAGUAAGAUUGUUGCACAAGUAUGAGUUGGUCUUAGAUGACCGCACAUUAGUUCCAAUGAAGAUAAAGGCUUCGUCACUGGCGUGUGCUGCGCAAGGCGAUAUAUGGAUACGACUUAAGAAAUUAGACACG